AGCAUCCGUUGUUCGAAAAAUCAAACGAAUUUUAUGUAUUAUUUGUAAUUGUAUAGUAACGGAACAGAGACAAGCUACUUCGCGAAUUUUGUGGUUUUGUCGAUUAUAAAUACGGUGAUGCUUGACAAUCAUGGAGUUGUGGGAAAAAAUUAUUUUAGAAUGGAUUAAUUGUUUGAAAGUGCAGAAGGAAGUAAUGAAUAAUAUAACGGAACUGCAAGAUGGAGUAUUUUAUGUCAAUUAUUUGAAAUUAAUAAAAUGGAAGAAACUAGAAAACUGUAACCAAAAGGAUGUUAUUUUGACAUUUAUGGAAGAUGAAUAUCCUAGUUUUAAAGUUAAUAAAGAUGAUGCUAAAGAGCAUAUAUACAUAGCAUCUUUAUUACUGUUGCACUUGUGUCGAAUAAUGUUUGCAAUACAUCAUUCUCUGCAAUACAACAUGUGUGAUAACUUAAAAAAUGAAACGCAAGUUAGGGUUAAAGCUUUUCUUGAGAGCGUCCUGCCUCUUGACAAAGACAUUACCAAGGAAACUAUGAGAGAAGUUAUUUUGGAGGUGGAGGAUACAUCGAUAAGUAUAAAUAAUCACAAAACGCCGCCUAUUGAAGAUUUUUCCAAUUCUCCCUUAACACGUUCUGGACGUAGCAAAAGAAUUUUGACUGAACGAGUUCGCGAACUGAGAGAAUUGCGAUGUAACUUAUCAAUGGAACGAUUUACCAAUGCAGAUUUACGAGAUGAUAUAUCAAGGCAGCAAAAUAAAAUAAUGAAAUUGCAGAAAAAACUUGACGAAAAAUCAGUGAAAAUAAAGGAAUUGCAAGCGGAAUUGAUAAAACCAAGCACUCCUCAAUCAUUCCGUUCAACAGAGAACAAUUCUCAGGAGGAAUAUUACAAAAAAUAUAUUAAUGAUUUAGAAAGUCAAUUGAAUAAACAGCAGGAUGAAAUUAAUAAACUAGAGACAGAGAAAGAUAAUCUGUCAAAAGAGCUAUGUUGCAUCCGCAGGACAUUUACACACUAUAAGGAAAAUUUUGCAAGUUGUGAACGAUCCUUGGAAUCUUUAUCGAAUAAAAUUGAAUCAAAGGACAGAGAAUUGAUAGAACUUAGAAUAUAUAAUGAAGAAUUACGCGGCCAUAUUAAAGAAUUGAACAAAAAUGCUAACGCAGAACAAAGUUUCGAAGUUGAAGAUGCAUCAUUUCAUGCCGCAAAGUCGUUAAACACCAGCGAAAUUUUAAGUACAGUGGUCGAAAUUCAACUCCAAGAAGCUAAAGAAGAGUCUGCUAUAUUGCAUGCUCAAGUGGAUUCCUUAAAAGGAAGAUUGGAUAUACUUACGAAGGAUUAUCAAACUGUGAUGGAAUUGAAUAGAGAUCUACAACAGAAAGUAAAGAUGCUAGAUCGAGUACAAACAGAAUUAAAUGAGGUUCAGAAAGAAUUAGAUGUGUCGAAUGCAGCUGUCAGCAGUUUACAGGCGGAAAAAAUUUCUCUCGUUACUCAAACUGAAGAUUUGAAAAGUUCGCUUUCAUCUAAGGAGAAAAAACUAUCUGAAACAGAACAAUCGAAUAUUGUGCUGAGUACAGAAUUGGAUAACUUGAAAUUAGAUAUGAAGAACUUGAUGAAAUCGCUUGAAGCUGAAAAGAUCAAUUCUUCAAGCUUAAGCAAUGCUCUAGUGCAAAUCAAAUCACAGGUGACAGAACAUCUUGCAUGCAUUAAUAAGCUUACCGAUGAAAAAAAUUCAUACAAAUCUUCCAUUGAAAAUUGCAGUAAAAAUUUAAGAGAGAUUUUACAUUGCAAUAAUCAGUUUGUAUUAGAUGAAAUUGAUAGUUUGGAUAACUGGACACUUAAUGAUCUGACGAAAUACAUUGAGACAAUGUUACACAAUUGUAAUGUAAUGUGCGUUUCAUAUGUAAAUGAUAUCGAGAAAUUAAAAACAACGAUAGAUGAAACAAAUGCAAAUUCGCUUAGACAACAAUUAAUCAUUUCAAACCUGAAAGAGCAAAAUGAACAAAAUCUUACAGAAUUAGUUAAUAUUCAGGAAGACAAAAAACAAAAGGAUUUAUUAUUAAAAGAGCAAGAGGAUAUUAUCCAUAAAUAUACACGAGAAAUUGAAAUUUUAAAAGAAAUUAGAGAUGAAAAACUUAUUUUAGAACAAAAUGUACUUGAAUUAACAAAUAAUUUAACGAACCGGGAAUUAUUGUUGAAAUAUCUGAUGACGCGGUUAAAAGAGCUACAAAAGAUAAAUACAGAUUUCAAAAUAAUAAAAGAAGAAACAAAACGAGAGUUUAAUGAAUAUCAAAAGAAUGUUGAAUUAAUAUUUGAAAAGUUGCAAUACGACUAUUGCACAUUACAUCAUAAUUUUUACAAAGUACAACAAGAAAAAGAGAAGUUAGGGUAUAAUUUCAAUUGUAGUAAGGAAGAAUUAUCCAAGAUUUUAGUAAUAAAUGCUACAUUACAACAAAAUUUACUGGAAUGCAAUGAAAGAAUAAGUGCUUUGGAGGAGAAGGAAAAAAUUCUCUUUGACGAAUUAAAUGAAUCAAAACGCAAUGCGCAAGAAUUAAAAGAUAAAAAUCAAGCAUUGAAAGAACAAUACGCAACGAUGAAAACUGAGGCGGAUGAAAACCUGGAAUGUCUCAAGUUAAAUAAUGCUAAAAUAUCACUCGAGUUAAGAGAUGUCACUGAUAAGCUUGAUUUAUUAUAUCAAGAAAUAAACGACAUAACGACGCAGAUGGAAUUAAAGGAAGCACGAAUCAAUGAGUUGCUUCUAGACAUUUCAGCUUCGAAAACGCAGAAGAAUGAUUUAAUACGAUCUCAUAAAGAAAUACUUGAAGUGAGAGAUACAGAAAUAAGAAUGAAAGAAGAAGCAUUAUUAAUGUUGCAAACUAAAAUGGAAAAAUUGAUGAACGAAACUAAUGCUACGGAAAAGAAAAUGAAAGAAAUAAUUAUUAAUCUUCAAGAAGUAAGAUCUAGUCAAGAUGCCAUUUUGGCAACUCAAGAAUCAGCUUUGAAAGAAAAAUGUCUACACAUAGAAGAACUUCAGGAACGAUUUGAUAAUUCCAAAGAGGUAUUGAAUAACGAACUUGAAGAUGCAAAAUCAUCGUUGCGUGAGUAUCAAAUAAAAUUUCUCGAUCUAGAAAAUCAAUUUAAUAGCCAAAACAGGACUCUAACAGAACUGCAAAAUAUGCUCAAAGAAAUGAAUACGGAACUAGAAACAAGUAAGGAAUACUGUAAGCAUAUGGAUGCGAAUCAAGCGGAAAUUGUAAAAUUGUGCCAAGAAUUGGAAAAACCAACCAAAAAUUUGAAUUCUACGAUAAUGGAAACAUGUUCAGAUUUUCUUAAUCAAAAUUGGAACGAAUUGGAAUGCUACGUUAAUAUAGACAAUAAGUAUGAGUGCAUUAAUAUAGAUAAUAAUAUAAAUAUUUUAAAUAUUAUUAAAAUGACGCUUGAUGAAUUACACAAAUCUCAGAAAGUUAUUUCACAUUUAUCUUGUAUGAAUGUUGAAUUGAAUGAAACUUUAAUAAAACAAAAAUUACUUAUAGAAAAUAGUGUAAAAGACAAAGAAGAAGUCAAUAGUCUAAAGAACAAAGUACAAGAAUUAGAAAUUAUAGCACAGAAACGAAAUAACUAUCUUAAGAGUCUUAUUAAAAAUAAGGAAUCUUUAAAAGAUUCUUUACAGAAGAUUUUUGCCUCACGAAAUGAUUUAGAUACUAUUUUAACGUCGUUCAAACAAAAGUGGAAUGAAAUACUGACGAAGUUUCAGAAUACCUUUUACAUCGAGAGUUGUGAUGAGUUUAAACAAUUGCAAAUUAAGAAGACAACUGUUGAAAAUAUAUUAUUAAAAUGUCAGAUAGAUUAUUCAGAAAACAUCAAAUUUAUAUCUGAUAUGUUGUGGGAAAAAUUUUUAUGGACAGAGCAAAAGUUACACGAUACUUAUUUGUGUUCAAUACACGAGAAAGAAUGUUUAGAUGUACUAACAAGUGUGGAUGAAGACCAAUUUUCCAGUGAAAAAAUGAUAAUUGAUACAGAGCUGGAAAAAUAUAAAAUGUUGCAAACAGAUAUAAUAAAAUCUGAAAAAGAAAUGGAAUCUUUCACUGCCUUAGCCAUUUUGUAUAAUGAUAAUUUAAAAUCCAGCGAAAUCAAGAGUCAAGUAGAGGUAGAGAAGAAACUACAAAAUCAAAUUAAUCAGCUGACAAAGGAAAAGAAAGAUCUGAAAACUAAAAUGGAUACUAUGCGUUUGAGAAAUAUAAAAUUGGAAAAAAACAUUGAUGAUCUUCGAACAGAGAUCAAGAAAUUGAAGAUACCAGGGGAAGCUAAUUUGACAGUGCCAGAAGCUAAUUUGACAGUGCCAAUAGAAACUACUAACUGUAAUUUGACACUGUCAACAGAAGUUAAUUUGACAGAAAUGCAAUUUCUGAAAGAGGAGUUGGAACGUUUGAAAGAACAGAAUCAACAAUUGCAUGAAAAAAAGAAUGAGUCAAAUAAGAUAGCAAAGCAAGAGUAUGAAAGUCAAUUGAAAGAGAUUCAUGUCGCAUAUGAACAUAAACUGGAAGAUAUGAAACAAAAAAUAAAAACAGCAUAUAAUGAGCAAAUGGCAAAGUUAAAUAAAGAUCAAGAGAAAAUUAUACGAGAAAAGUUGCAAGAUCAGAUGGAAGUAAUGUGCCAAAGACAGAGAGAAGAACUUAAUAAAUACAAAGCGCAUGUUGGUGAAUUAAGUUCGCAACUUUGGAGCGUGGGAGAAAAGCUUCUAAUCGAGCAACAACAUAAGCAAGAGGCAUUACAGCGUUUAAAAGAACUAGAAAUCAAAAUAAAAGAGGUCCAAGCAGAACAACCAUUAACCACAAUUUCGCAUAAGACUUGCAGAAUGGAGAAGCAAGAAAUGUUACCUGAAAACGCACAAGUACAUAAAGUAACAACAUUUAUAACCGAAGAGACACUCGAAAGAAGACACAGUAUUAGGAGCAUACAAGCAAUGGGUAAUGCGUUUAAAACAGAGGAUGAGGAAGAAAUCUUUGACAAUGUUUAUCUAGCCGAUAUGAAAAGAGGCAAUUUUGCAUCUACUACAGAUGUCAAUCGUUUAUCUGUUUUGCAAAUGAGAAAUUCUCUUUGUAAACCUCACUUGAAAUCAUCUUACGCGGCAGAAAUGCAAUUCCUUCCUUCAACUUUGACUGAAGAAGAAAUUAAAACGGGUUCUCCAGUAGAAGAAAACUUUAAUGAUAGUCUUAGCCAAAGUCUUCUUCCAGAACAAAAAGCGAGGAAAAAGGAUAGAACUCAGAUAUCAUAUAAAAAACCUGGUCCUCCGACACCAAGCAAAAAUGGAGGAAGAUUAUCAUUGCAGGGCAAUGAAUUAAAAAGUCCAAGUUCACGCGUACUGAGAGAGCGAAAUGUAGAUAAAAAAACAACGACUACACCCCAUUCAUUAAAGAACAUAUUCUCGUUAAAACGGCAAGAUGAAAACACUAGUACACCAAAGGGUCGCAGACUUAGUAGUCUUUUUCGCAAACCUCGGCAAUCGGAUCGAUAAAUAAAUUUAUUCAUAAUAAUGUAUAAAAAGUAACAAUAUGUUUGCAUAACAACAAAAAGAGCUCUACAAACUACAGAUUAUUUUAAUCUUUUAUACAUUUAUAUAUAGAUUAAAAUAAUCUAAGUAAA